UUGCCCCCUUCCCCCUAACCCUAAAUCCCCAAAAGCCAAAACAGCCGUCCUUCAAGUCUUCCUCAGCUGCUCAUCACACCAUACAUAGUUGAUCACCGCACCUCACCUCACCGUCGGCCUGUCGUCUUCUUCCUCCUCUCGUCACACCAACACUCUUCCUCGCAGUCUCUCUGAGUCUCGAAGACUCUCUUCCUCUGCUCCGUCUCGCUGGCUUCACAGUGUGUCCGAGUACGUCGAGUUCGUGGCUCCGCGUCUCUCGUCGUCGUCGUCGCUGCUGCGGUGCUGCCUCUCCGUCGCUGCUGCGUUGCUGCCUCUCCGUCGCUGGAAUCUGCCUCAUCCAGAGUGUCUUCAGCCAAUGCACCAUCCUCCACGGCUCCUUGCUCCGUCGGCGCGUCCUCUCCGUUCACUGCCUCCUCUCUCGGAUUGCUGGAUUGCUGGAUUUUCUAGCAAUUUUUGUCGGAGUUAUUUGCUGUUGAACUAUUAUGCCAUUGUGCAUCUGUUUAGUGUAGUGACUCUGAGUCUUUUUGUCGAAUUAUUUGCAGUUGAACUACUAUGGUGUUGCUUUUAAAUGCGUGUUGAAUUAAAUGGUUGUUUUCAAGUUGAAUGCAACCAUUUUACUUGUGAGUUAAGUGCUUGUUAUCCAUUCAUCAAUUUCUCAUGGUUGUUUGUCUUAGUUAGGUACCAAUCUUGCUCAUAAUUUAAAUCAUUCGACAGAUUUAGGCUUGAAAACAUGUCGGCAAAACUGGUUUUAUGUCCAAAACAGAUUUUAGUGAAUGCAUAUAUGGUUGCUUUUGUCUUGCCUAACAGGAACCCUUUGAAUUGAACUGUUGGAAAUAGGUUAUGCUCCCAACAUUGAACAAUUGAUGUGAAUUUGUAUUUUGUAAUAACUGUUGUUUUAUACCUUUGCUAUUAUAUUUUUUAGUUACGUGAAACCGGUUUUACCGGUUCAACUAGUGAUUUAUCGAUUGAACCAGUAAACCAGUGAACCAAUAACCUGACCGGUUUGAUCACCGAUUCGGUUCUUACAACUAUGAUUAAAAGUACAAUUUAUUUAUCUAGUAUAAACAUAAAUACAGUUCACCAUUUAUUAAAGAGAUGAAUUUUUUUGUUAGUUAUCCAUUGAAAAAAAAGGUCGAAAAGGAAACCCAGCCUUUGCCGUAUCCUCUGCCCCUGAUUUCUCUUCUCACUCUACCGCUGUGAUUCCCUCCCUUCCUCUGGCUGCAGCGUUUCUUCGUUCCGUCGGCAUCGUCCUCUCACUGGUAUAUUUGUGUUCUUGCUGUUAUCUUAAGAAUGGUGUAUGAAUGGAAUUAAGAAUCAGGGUGAAUAUUUGGAUGAGUGUGUAAUAAGGGAGAAGAAGAAUUAUUAUAAUUUAGAAGAGUAAUUAGAGAAGAACAUAGUCAAUGAGAAGGAAAUUUCAUUUCAUCACUGAUGCAUACAAUUAUUCCACUAGUUUUACUCUUAUUUAUACUAUUUUAACUUAGACCUAGUCCUAUUCUUGUAAUUGCUGAGCUGGAAGGGCUUUUGCAUAGUUCAUAGUUCAUACAUAUACUGUGAUUAUUCAUUCAUGUGUCAAUUUUGCUUUUGUAUAUUUUUCAAGUAAUACUAGGGGCUUUUGCAUCCUCUAAACUUCUAAUGGUAUUUGGUGGUUAAUGUAGAAACAAUAGUGGUAUUGUUGGUGCUCGAACCCUAAUCUUUGUUUGCAAAGGGCAGAAUUGAAUUGAAUCGAUGGAUCAGUUUUCUUCAGGAGGAAACUGGACAAUGAUCCCAACCCACAACACUAACACCCCAACCCAUUCUCAAUCUCAAGAUCCCCUCUAUCUCCACCAGCAGCAACAGCAGCAGCAACAACAACAGUUUCUCCAUCAAACGUUUCAGCAACCUCAACAGCCUCAAUUCCAACAACAGCAGCAGCUUUAUCAGCAGCAGCAGCAACAACAACAACAACAACAACAACAGCAGCAACUUAUUCUGCAGCAGCAGCAACAACAACAACAACAACAACAACAGCAGCAGCAGCAGCUGCAACAGCAACAGCAGCAGCAGCAGCAGCAGAACCUUCACCAAUCACUAGCCUCACACUACCACCUCUUACAUCUGGUUGAGAAUUUGGCUGAGGUUAUCGAUCAUGGGACUCCAGAUCAACAGUCAGAUGCAUUGAUCACUGAAUUGAGCACCCAUUUUGAGAAGUGCCAGCAACUGUUGAACUCAAUUUCCGACUCCAUUAGCACCAAGGCGAUGACAGUUGAGGGACAGAACAAGAAGCUAGAAGAAAGUGAGCAAUUGCUGAAUCAACGAAAAGACUUGAUUGCUAAUUACCGAAAUUCUGUCGAGGAGCUUGUUAAGUCUGAGCCAUAGGAGCAUGUCAAUUUUCAGGUUGGCUAAGAACCACAAAUAUUGUAUUAUUUAUCGAGAGAUUGUAGCUUCCUUGUUUUACUAGGUGUGUAUCUCCAGUUUCUAACUAAAAAUUAACAAAAUUACUAAGACUUACACUUGAUACGUUGUUCAAGAGCAUGUCUCAGAAUUAGAUUUAUGUUCUACUAUCUCAAUGUAGUCAAGGAUUAAUAGGUGUAGCUUAAAGUUAUUUCUUGAUGGAAAGAUAGCCGAUAGCACAUGUAUAUCUGAUUAUCAUCAAAGUACAGAACACAAGAAGUGCAUAGCUGAACAGCAUUCUCAUUGAUGUUGAGGGCCACUGUCCUGUUGUCGAUAGAUAUCGUCCUUAUUUCUUUCUAUUCAAUUCAAGUUUAUUGAUUUGAUUA